AAUUCUCCUAAAUUCUAUGAAAUUGAAAGUGGUGCAGCUCUUAUAUCAAUUUUAAUAAUGUGGUUGCCUCUGAAUUUUUUACAUAAUGAUUGUAAUAAUUAUUUAAAAUACUCAUAUUUCUUAUAUAAUGAAGCUGCAAGUCAAUUAAUGCAAAUGAAAAAAGAUAUAUUAAAGGCAAUUGUUCAGAAUAAACCAUUUUAUGGUAUGAUGACUGCCUUAUUAAAUAUUACUUUUCAAAAUAAUCGAGAAAAUUUUAAUAUAAGUAUCGAAUUUAUUGAAAAAAUAUUAUAUCUGUUGGAAGAUGCUAUAGAUUUCUUUUUAUAUAUAUUUUCUUCAAAAUCUGAAAAUAAAGAAUAUUCAUCAUCAUUUGCGGAAAUGGGAUUAGCGAUUAAUGAAACAAUUAGAAAUAGUGAAAUAAACAAUCUCAAUUUUGAUGAUUUAAGUUUAACUCCUGCACAUCAAGUACUUAUUUCUUGCAUUUGGAUGUCUUUAAAGGUAUCCUGUGAAAUAGCUUGCGAAAUAGGUAUAUUAAUGUAUUCCUAUGAUAUUAUUAAACGUUCCGCUAAUAUUAUUAUUACUGUAUUACUUAGAUGUAGACAUAAAGGAGUAGUAGAAGCUGCUGGUACAGCAAUAGCACAAUUAACAAGAUAUUUAUGCAAACAAGCUAAAUAUUCUAAUUUACCAAAAAAAUACAUAUUACGUAUAAUGGAAAAUGAUUCUAUGCAUUCUUUAAAUAUUACAAGAAGGGCUGCUGGAUUAUCAAUAAUGUUUUAUAAAAUAGUUGUUAGUGACGAUAGACGAGAAAAGCCUCUUUUACAUUUUGCAGUACAAAAAUUAUUAGAUCUGCUUGAUAAUAUUUCAGACAUAAAUUUAAAAAGCAUAGAAUCUCAACAUGAUUCUCCGUGGGCAAGAUAUUUGCAUUUUUUAAAGACUUUAGUAGCUGAUAAAGAAUUACAUGCACAAUUAAUGCCAUACAUGGAAAAAAUUUCAUUAACUUGUUUCAGAUAUUUAGAAUCUGAAAUAUGGACUAUCAGAAAUGCAAGUCUACAAUUAUUUGGUGCUAUAAUUUCAAGAUUAACAGGACAAAAUUAUAAUGAUACAUUAGAUUUUGGAAAUGGUUAUUCAAUUAAUCAUUUUGUUACACAUUAUCCUGUGCUUGCAGAUCAUAUUAUGAAAGAAUUAUAUAAAUUUUCGUUCACAUUUAGAAGAUUUUCUACUACUUUAUAUUUACAUUCGAAUAUCGUACAUAUUCUUAUACUUCUCUCGAAAUUUUCAAGUAGUGCUUGCAAUUUAAUUGAUUAUUCUUCACAAAAAUAUGUAUCAAAAUUAAAAUAUUACUUUUUAUGUUACUUGAAAAUCCUGUUUUAUAUGUUAGACUUUUAGCUGCAAAAGCAUACGCAGCAUUAACAAAUUUUUUACAAAUUGAAUUUGAAUUUAAGAAAUUGAAGUGCAAUGUCUCUUCAUGUAAAAAUAUUAAUUUAAUCCAUGGUUAUUUAUUAACUAUGAAAUUUUUGAAAGAAAAAUUAUUUUUUGAAGUUGAAAAUAUAAAUUCAUAUUUAGAUGUUAAACAAUAUAGAAAUCAUGAAUUAAAGAAAUCUACAGAACUGUUACGAUAUAAAAAAAUAUUACAACUUUGGAGCAAUGUGUCUAAAGAAGAAAAUAAUUUACAGAUUUGUUACAUAUUAGAAACGCUAUUUUUAGAAUUAAACAAAUUUAUUUCCGAUGAGAUAUCUGAUAAAGAUAUAUUUACUUUUAACGAAAAUAUAUAUUUACUCUCUUCUGAAAAGAUAAAACCAGGAUUUUUUCAAUUUAUCGAUGUUUCUAUAAAGUUAUACGUUGAUUAUAUAAAUCGAACAAAAAAUAUUGAUAUUGAUAUUUUACAUAAAAUUUUAAACUCUCCUUGCAUUGAUCAAAGUAUUUCUUUUUUAAAUCAUGUGUCACAUUGCAUUUCAAUCUUAAAGAUUGUCCUUAAAUAUUUCUCAUCUGAUGAAUUUAUCAUUCAUAACGAAUUACUUUUAAAAGCAAUGAUAAAUUAUGUUUUAAAGACAUUAAAACAUUUACCAUUACUUGAUAUAAAUGAAUUAGACAUUGAAAAUAUAAUAAAAAAUUUAUUAAUGAAAAAUUAGAAUUAAAAAAUAUUCUGAUUUAUGGACUUUAAGAUGUGUGUUAAUAAUUUUUUCCCGAAAUGAAUUUAUGAUAAAUGAAAUAAUAUCUCAUGCACUUAGUUUAAGUAUUCACGAAGAAGAAUAUAUGAGACAAAUUGCAGUUGAAUUUAUACAAUUUGCGAUUUAUAGAUUUUCAGAGUUAACAAAUAAAAAUAAAUUGACUGUUUUA